AAGCUCCACGGUACUCCGCGCGUGGCUACUAGGGGUCCCCCUCCCCCAAGAUGAGGAUCCAUGGUUGUACCUCCGCUACCCGCUGUACCACCCAGAGAACAUUCACCCCUGGGUUGCCAAUCAACUUGUGUUUCAUCUAUAGAUUACUACUUGUGGUGCAAUACAACUACUUUGUACCCACCUCGAAGAGAAACCAGUGCGGAUCAUAUGAGAGACUAGACCAGAAUUUACCCGCCCUCGAAACAGUUGAGGUACUGUAUAGUAUAUAAGUCUCCUUCUGGUGUUUCCUCCGAUGGUAUUCUUCAUGAUAAGCUAAUCUGUCUGUCACUUAGCUCCCAGGUCUGUCAAACUGAUGGCAACGAUUUAGAUCACACUCUCACUCGAAGCUCAGACCGCGAGGUUUUUUGGAUAUAGUAACAUCAAGCGAUGACUCCAAAGGCAUCUCCUGGUAUGUGGCCAAAAUCCCUCCAACCCAACUGGUCAGCUGCCGCAGCCCCUUGCUUGGCUGAGGUAAUGAUGGUCGAUAUUGUCUGCAUCGCAAUUCCGAGGAAACUGAUCUACCGGCCGACGAAGCUUACUGUCGUAUCCUGGAUGUCCUUUCUAGAAUUCCUUCCUCGGGUCAAGUCAUGGGGAGUCAUAUCAGUCUACUCGCUCGAGUUUAUUGCGGCUAGCGUACGAGGAGUAAGUUCAUGUACGGCCUCAAUGCCGCUAUCUGCAAAGUUUAUCAUCGAUCGUAG